AGGAGGGAGAGCAAUGCCGCGGCGCCCAAUCGAUCGGCAGCAUUCCCAGGUACGCGCCACGGAUUUCUGGAGCUCGAUCCUGCCGCGCGGUUUGAUUCGGGGGAUCGGAAGAGGUCGCAGCUACGAUAUUUCGGAGACUCUCUAUGAAGGAUGAAGUUCCCGGAGGAAUGCCUGCGCUCUUGCUUGCAAGUCUGCCGGGGAUUUUCGGAUGCUGAGCGGCCAGCUUGGAUCGUGCCGUCGCUGGUCGCCACAGCUGCGCUGGUGGGGUUUUUGGUGGGGCGGUUUGAUGUCACGGCUCUGAUCGGCAAGCUAGAGCGGGUUUUGCGAAAUGGAGAGCCUAGAGCGAUCCUUUCGCAGCUUUCAGGGAUUCUUUGGGCGACAGGAGGGAGCUUUAGACAUCACGUAGCUUCACAGGUUAGAACGAAGCAUAGCUGCUUGAUUAGGACGAUUAGCAUUGAGGAAGGCAAGAGAGCGGUGACUUUGAACCAGAAAAGUGUAGAGGUGGUGAAGGAGCACAAGAGCGAUGAUUCGCCGCAGCCAUCUCCUCAAUCGACAAACUCUAGCUCCAACUCUGGGUCCGGAUCUUUCAAAAAGGAGAACCUGUCUCCGUUGCUGGUUGGAUCGAAGAAGUCCACUCCGGCGAGCUCGAUCUCAAGCCUGGAAAACAGUCCCGUGGGUACGCUACGAAGGAGGAGGGAAUUGGAACUGGACGCUAUGGAGGAUAGUAGAUGUUACAACCAAAGCACUUCCUCUGGGAAGCCAAGGCCGCUAUCAAUCCCGACAUCAAACACUACACUCUCAGAUUGCGGGACUCCAAGUCUUUCUUCGCUCGAGUAUGAAAGGCUACAAGAUCUGCCGGACGAUGGAACUAUUCCUGCCGCUGCGUGGAUGUGUGGCAAAGAUGUGGUCUCCAUGGACCUUUCAUGCAGCAGCAUGAAGUGGCUGAAUCUCAUUGAGAUUGAUCUGGACACUGUUUAUGGUGAGGACUGGUCCCAGCGUGUUCAUCCAGACGAUUUACUUCGCUCCAAGGAGGUUAUCGCUCGGGCUGUAGGCUUGAAGGUGCCAUUCCAGAUGGAAUAUCGCCUACAGGUAGGCCAAGACCAUUUUAGAUGGGUUCUGGAUAUUGGCAAGCCAAGGUUCUCUUCCUCUUUGACUACUGCGGAGUUUCUCGGUUUCGUUGGCUGGAGGAUUGAUAUACACGAGCGGAAGACUAUUGAGAAUAACUACUGGAAGUACUGGACACUGCCACACGAGUUCUUGGUGACAUGGAGUGGUGACGGUCAGUUCUUUGACAAUGUUAGUACGAGUUUACCAUCUUUCCUCGGAUACACCAUGGAGGAAUUUAAAGCUGUUCCUUGGAUUGAAUGGCUGCACGAGGAAGAUAAGGCGACUGCAAGCGAUGCGUUCUCAAAGCUUAAAGAUGGGAAAGCAGUCGUCAAUCUGGUUAAUCGCUAUCGUUGCAGGGAUGGCAUGGUAGCCUCUCCUUUGUACAUAGAUGGGACUGGGACUUACAAGUGGCUUAAUUGGACGGCAAAUGAUAUGUUUGCAGCUUGUCGUGAUAUAACUGCGGACAAGCUAGCUCAGGUGGAGCUUCAAAGAUCACAGCAGGAACUGCAGAGACUCACGGACGUCAUUCCAGGUGGCGUUUUUCUUUGCCAAGUUGCCAAAGAAGGGACUGAGUGUUUUCCUUACAUGAGCAAAGGCGCAAAGAAUCUAUUUAAUUGUGAAAUGAAAGAAACAUGUGAUCAUGGAGGAAAUCUGAAUAGAGUGUUCGGUUUGAACGUGCAUCCGGAUGAUUGGCCAAGGUUAGAAGCCGAAAUGAAAUUGGCAGUCAGCACCCAAGCCCCUUUAGACCAUGACUACCGUGUGCUGAUGGACCGAAACACUAGAUGGGUUAGAGUUCAUGCAGUUCCAAGGUUUGAUUCUAUAAGUGGAUCAACCGAAUGGUCUGGAAUUGCAUGGGACAUAACUGAACAGCAUCAGGUGGUUGCGGCACUUAAGGAAGCACGAGACAGCGCUGAAAGAGCUGCUCAAGCGAAUAGAAAGUUCCUGGCUCAUAUGUCACAUGAAAUUCGUACUCCUAUGAAUGCCGUGAUUGGCAUGGGAGCUCUGAUCCUUGAAACGGACUUAACGGAUGAGCAACGCGAGUAUGCCUCUACGAUUCGGAGCAGUGGAGAGGCACUGCUGGGGAUUAUCAAUGAUAUCCUUGAUUACAGUAAAAUUGAAGCGGGUAAGAUGGAGCUUGAGUUGCAACCUACAGAGAUCCUGCAAUGUGUUGAAGAAUCAUUUGAUCUUGUCGCUCCUCAAGCAGCCGUGAAGGGUCUCGAGCUGACUUAUAACGUAUCGGAUUCUGUUCCUAGCGUUUUGCUCGGGGACUCGGCUCGAAUCCGCCAAAUCUUGGUAAAUCUUCUUAGCAACGCCGUCAAAUUUACCGAGAAAGGAUACAUAUCAGUGAACGUGACUGGACGCCAAUUAGAAGAUCCUGGGAGACUGCCGUUUAAGAAGUUCAACCGGAGCCUCUGGGAAGUUGAGUUUUCUGUGGCCGAUUCCGGUAUAGGAAUCCCCGAUGACCGAAAGUGCUCGCUCUUCCAAGUAAAGUUUCUUCAUCUACCGAUUUAAAGAACUAAAGAAGGCUUUCACACAAGGAGACACUUCAACUACUCGAAGAUAUGGUGGCACUGGGCUCGGGCUUGCAAUUUGUGCGCGCCUAUGCGGUCUCCACGGUGGUCGCAUUUGGUAA